UGCUCUACCAAGCUCACUGUGUCCUUUUUUUUUUUUUUACUUUAUUUUCUCUUGAUCUGCAUGAUUUAACCCUUUUUUUCGUGUUCUCUACAACGAUAAUUGCAAUUAAAACCCUCAGUUUCCCACUGAUUUCUUACGGCGAUUCUGCGAUUUUCGUUUGGAAAAGGGUUUGGAUAUUAUGGUCCUCUGGAACAGAAGAUUGGGCGUUGAGGAUUUCAGUCUCAAAGUUUCUUUAUUGUGUUAGGUUGGAAUCUGCGCUCGAAGAUGUCUCGGGUUUAUGUUGGGAACGUGGAUCCAAGAGUGACUGAAAGAGAGCUUGAAGAUGAGUUUAGGAUGUUUGGUGUUCUUCGCAGUGUGUGGGUUGCUAGAAGGCCUCCUGGGUAUGCUUUUGUUGAGUUUGAUGAUCGCAGGGAUGCCUUAGAUGCCAUCCAUGCAUUGGAUGGGAAGAAUGGGUGGCGUGUGGAGCUUUCUCAUAAUUCAAAAGGUGGUGGAGGCCGUGGUGGUGGUGGUGGUGGGCGUGGUCGUGGAGGGGGCGAGGAUUCAAAGUGUUACGAGUGUGGAGAACCUGGCCAUUUUGCUCGGGAGUGCCGUUUGCGCGUUGGUUCACGUGGCUUGGGAAGUGGUCGUCGCCGAAGCCCCAGCCCUCGACGUCGUCAGAGUCCUAGUUACGGGUAUGGGCGCAGGAGUUACAGUCCUCGUGGAAAAAGAUCUCCACGGCGUCGCAGCUACUCUCCUCGUCGUGGUCGCAGCUCCACCAGGUCCCCUCCAUAUCGCCAUGCUCGCCGUGACUCCCCUUAUACAAACGGGUCCCCUCAUGGUCGUGCUCGUCGCUAUUCACCUUAUGCUAAUUGGGAUUGAGGUUGGAACUGAACUGAAGCAAACAAGAGGGCUGAAAGAACUUCUACAAUAUUGUAGUACUAGGAUCAGUUGGACAAAACAAGGUUUAUGUUAGUUAUGGUCAUGUCAUAACAGUGAGGUUUGUUACAAACUUGGUUUUGGAUGGCUUCUACAAAGUGUUUCAGCCGCCAAAUGGGGGUGCUAUUGGCAUCAGUUUGCGUCGGCUUGAUAUCUUCAGCUUACUGAAACUUGAAGGUCUCUUUCCCUACUUUAAAUUUGCUACCUCACUGCUGUUUAUAUGGUUUUUAUUUGUAGUUUUUUUUGAUGGUAUGAUCUGUCGGAAGCCGAUUUUCUAAAAGGUUUAUAUGUUUUGUUUUGAGGUGUCCUUUUCGGCUAAAACGGCAUCGUUUCGCUUUUUCUGCAUCUCUGCUUCUUCUCUGCGCGCCAUCUAGUUGUUGCUCUGCAUGUCAUUCAGCUUGAACCACAUGUCGAACUAGUUUGUGUACAGAAAUUUUGGUUGUGAACUACCUAUUUUAGAGGACCUUUAAGAACCAUAUGUCUACUCACUGGCUCAAGAUGAUGAAGCUGGUUGUUGCUGGCCCUUCUGAACUGCCCCAUUUAGUCGUCGUCGUCGUCUUUCUGGGCGCUUGUCCAGCUUGAAAUAGAUGUUGAAAUUCCGAUCACCUGGAAUAUCAAUUGCCUGAGACCCUCUGCCUUGUGUUCUCCAUCAACAAUGCUUCUGAUCUAGUUAUACAUCUUCUGGCCACAAUUAGCUCAGGGUUCUUGCUCUCGUGGAACGGUGAGAUCUUGGUAGUGGUGUCAGCAUAAGAAAAUGAUGGUUAUAAAUGCAUGAAGCGUCUGAAGAACAGGAUGGAUUCUUCCGUCGGCACCCGUGCGAAAAUUGAUUUAAGAGCAAGGAGUUGCAUGCUUGUAAACAAAGGGAAAUGUCAUGAAGCGAAAAUCAACUGAGUUAUGGCUUAUAAAAGUCUGUAAGGUAUAUAUGGGAACAAGAAUUUUAUUACGAAGACACAGAAAUAAAUGGAGUAGUUUCAUCUCA